UCCGCCUGCUCGCGCAGCACGGCUCCGGCUCCCCGCACGCACCGGAGCGCCCUGCUCCCUUCUCCCGUUCCUCGUCCCUCCUCCCUUCCCCUCCUCCCCCCCUUCCCUCCCCGGGUCGCCGCGGCUCCGGGAGGAGCGGGGGGGGGUCCUGCUUCCAUCUCUGCCCCCACCGUCUCCCACCCGCCGCGCCGAGGAGAGGCAGGAGCAGCCAUGGGGUGCAUUAAAAGCAAAGAAGAUAAAGGUCCAGGCCUGAAGUACAGAGCUGAGAGUGCCCCAGAGCCUGUCAUCACCCACGGCAGCCACUUCGGCUCUGACUCCAGCCAGGCUUCGCAGUCACCGUCAGUAAAGGGAUCAGCAGUGAACUUUAACAGUCAUUCCAUGACUCCUUUUGGAGGGCCCUCAGGAAUGACGCCCUUUGGAGGAGCAUCCUCUUCAUUUUCAGCUGUGCCAAGUCCAUAUCCUAGUACUUUAACAGGUGGUGUUACUGUGUUUGUGGCCUUGUAUGACUACGAGGCCAGGACCACCGAGGACCUGUCCUUCAGCAAGGGGGAGCGCUUCCAGAUCAUCAACAACACGGAAGGAGACUGGUGGGAAGCAAGAUCCAUUGCUACAGGAAAAACAGGCUACAUCCCAAGCAAUUAUGUAGCUCCUGCAGACUCCAUCCAAGCAGAAGAGUGGUAUUUUGGUAAGAUGGGCAGGAAGGAUGCAGAAAGGCUGCUGCUGAACCCUGGCAACCAGCGUGGGAUCUUCUUAGUACGAGAGAGUGAAACCACUAAAGGUGCUUAUUCCCUCUCCAUACGUGACUGGGAUGAGGUCAGAGGUGAUAAUGUGAAACACUACAAGAUCAGAAAACUUGACAAUGGUGGAUACUACAUCACAACCAGAGCACAGUUUGAGUCUCUCCAGAAGCUGGUGAAACACUACAGAGAACAUGCUGAUGGGCUAUGUCACAAGCUGACAACUGUGUGUCCCACUGUGAAACCACAGACACAGGGACUAGCAAAAGAUGCCUGGGAAAUCCCUAGAGAAUCUUUGAGGCUGGAAGUAAAGUUGGGCCAAGGCUGCUUUGGUGAAGUAUGGAUGGGGACAUGGAACGGAACCACGAAGGUAGCGAUCAAGACGCUGAAGCCUGGCACCAUGAUGCCAGAGGCCUUCCUGCAGGAGGCGCAGAUCAUGAAGAAGCUGCGGCACGACAAGCUGGUCCCGCUCUACGCCGUGGUCUCGGAGGAGCCCAUCUACAUCGUCACUGAGUUCAUGACAAAAGGCAGCUUGCUAGACUUCCUCAAAGAGGGAGAAGGGAAAUACUUAAAACUGCCCCAGCUGGUUGACAUGGCUGCUCAGAUUGCUGAUGGCAUGGCUUACAUUGAAAGAAUGAACUACAUCCACAGGGACCUGCGGGCAGCCAACAUCCUUGUAGGAGACAAUCUGGUGUGUAAGAUAGCAGACUUUGGGCUGGCAAGGUUAAUAGAGGACAAUGAGUACACUGCAAGGCAAGGAGCCAAGUUUCCCAUCAAGUGGACUGCCCCAGAGGCAGCCCUCUACGGGCGCUUUACAAUCAAGUCGGACGUGUGGUCCUUUGGCAUUCUGCUGACAGAGCUGGUGACGAAGGGCAGAGUGCCAUACCCAGGGAUGGUGAACAGGGAAGUUCUGGAACAAGUGGAACGUGGCUACAGGAUGCCUUGCCCACAAGGCUGCCCGGAGUCCCUCCAUGAGCUAAUGAAACUCUGUUGGAAGAAGGACCCUGAUGAGAGACCAACAUUUGAGUACAUACAGUCUUUCCUGGAGGACUACUUUACUGCUACAGAACCACAGUACCAGCCUGGAGACAAUUUGUAAGCCAGCAGUGCUCACAACAUGCACAAAUCUGCCAAAUGUCAGACUUGCAAAGAAUUCCUGAGCUCUGCAAGGAGUCCAAGGAGAGGAAAUCUUUGCUACUUUGCAUGCUCUUAAUGGCAAACUGGAAUUUCAUCAUGCGGUUGCACAAAACCACUUCUGAAGUGUUAGGAUCUCCUUUACCAAUGACAUGGGUUUAUUUUGUUUCCUCUCCUCCAACUUAUUUUCAGGGUCCACAGGAAGCCUACUGAAAAUACAGGGUAGAAAAUGGGUGUUGAUGUGAACAGCAGCAGAAAAAUCAAUGUUUCAAACCCUGGGGUUUUCCCCAACACUUGGGAAUUGUUUGGAAUUAGUGAUCUUGGUGUAAGAUGUUUUUGAAGCAGAACUUUGUGGGACCAAGCAAUUCUAUCCCAGUUCUCUAAAAUUCCCUGUGUUCAGAAUUAGAUCUGUGUGUCCCCCAGCCCCUCCCAACAAUCAGGUGGUACAGAGCUGUGUCUGAGCCGAGCUGUGUCUUUCAGCUUCCUGUUGCAUGAACCUAAUUAGGGCAGGCAGGUUAAAAGAGACAUUGGAGCAGUGAACGACAGCCCUGGUCUGAAGGGUAGAGCUCAGCAGCUCAUCAGAGCAGGGUGCUCAGGUCCAUGCUUGUGUUCACAGAACUGGAAAGGGGCAGGAGAGUUUCCUGGGUUUCUGUGUAACUAAUUCAGAACAAUGAAGGGAACUAGAAAGUGAGAAAAUAUUUUCCUGAUUGGUGUUGCUGAAGUGUGAGAUAUUGGAGCUUAGAGCUGUGGAAUACAAGCAGAGGGGAAAGCCUUUAAUCUGUUAAGCCCCAACCCAAGGCUGAGCUUUUGUAUGGGAAGAGGCCCUGAGCAAAGCUCACCAGGAAAGCAAGACUGGAGCUGGUAAAUGGCUACCUUGUAGUCCUCUGCCAGCCGCAUGUGGUGCUGUGUGUGGCUCACAGGAGUCAGCAGGGGUGAGGACCAGGCCUGCUGGCUGUCACUGGUUCAGGGAUUUGAUUGCACUUUUGUUCAGACACAGUUACACACAGUUGCUCUUCCCACUUCUGCCUCCCUACAGAAUUAUUUAACUGAAAAUGAAGAGGGGAAAAUGUGAAAGUUGACAAAUGAAAGCUAUAAAAGAUAUUUAAUGCUGCCCACCUGCCGUGGGGUGGGCAGCCGCUGGCACUGCAUCCAGGCCGAGGCUCUGGCUGCUGCCACCCCAAGCAGUAGCAGCGUGUCAGAGACUCAGCUGUUUGCAUGAGGCUCUUGGCUUCCUGAGCAAGCUUCUGUAUCUCUAAUUUUGAAACACUAAACUUACUUAGCUGUCAGGUUGGCAUUCAGAUUGUCAGUGUAAACCUGGUCAGCAGGUGAAAGGAUACAGUCUGGGUACUGACCAUGUUUAGACCACACUGAGUCCAGCUACCAAGCAGACCUUUGGCAGAGCAGUGCCCUCGGUGUUCUUUCCCCUCCUCAUCUCUCAUCCCCAGGCCUCUCUGCUUAUCCACUUUUGAAAGGGCUUUAUGUAAGACAAACCAAACCAACACCAAAACCCCAGAUCCCAACUCGGAAGUACACAGAACUUUCCUUUUUCUAAGUAUUUUAAAAUGAAUAACACAAUCAUAUGAAUUUAGCUAUUAAUAGUUAGAAGAAAACAAAUGCCCAGGGUGCCACUGGCAUGGUUUGGGUUCUGCACUGCUGGCUGUGGCAGUUCCUUGUACAGAGAGAAUAAAACACUAAUGGGUGCCCGGCCGCGGUGGGGACGCUGGGGGGUUGGAAGACUUCUCCAGGAGAGUUUCUUUGUUGAUGAAAACUUGUUUCACUCAAAGACCUUGAUGUGGUUCUUACUCUAACAGAGUUUAAAAUUCACAUUCACGCUUUUUAUAUGAAUAGGAAUAAGUUUAAUGAUGUAACUGAGUAUUUUUAUAAAGUCUGGCAUUGUCAAACUGUUUUGCAGAAUUGGUUCAAAAUAAAUCUCUCCUUGAUUGCAUCUUGCUUCUUUCAGCAGGGGAAGCUGGG